AUGAAAUUAAAAAUACAAAUCACUGUUCAACUUCUAAAUUAUAUCCUAAAUUAGAAUUAUUUAAUACAUUCGAGGAAGAUAAAAAAUGUAAAGAACUAUUGUUUCAUCUAGAAUUCUCUUUAUAGAAAUUUAGUUCUGAUAAAUAACAAUUACUAACAUAAUCUGAAUUAAAAUUAAUUGAUUAAUCAGUUAAAUAACACGAAUAAUGUAAUGCAAUAAAUUUCGAUUCUUCUGGUCAUUUUUGGUGUCAACCAAGGAAUCUAAUAUUAAAAUAUGGAGUUUUUAAUGGAACAAUCAAAUUAGUAAAACAUUUUUAUUACCUAUUAGUUGGGUCUAAUGUUUAGUCUAUAGCAAAAAAUAAAACUCCUUUAUUUCUUCAGUAAAACAAUUAGAUGUUGGCAAUAAUUGGACUAAAAUGAGUGGAUUUUUCAGAACCUUAUUAAUAGCAUUCAGAUAUUAUUAGAUAUAUGAUAUAUAUAAUUCAAAUGAGGAUUUUUUUGCUAUUUUCUGGGAGUUUGAAUAAAUCAAUCUAAGUUUGGAAGGUUGAAUUAAAUGAAAAUAAACUAGUAUUUCUAUAUUGAUUGGGUAAACAUAGUAAUUAAGUUAUUUCUUCGAGUUUAAAUUAAUAAGAAGAUUAAUUAGGAUCAUGUGCAGAAGGUUAGAAUUAAAUAAUUAUUUGGGGAAGAAGAGAGAUAAGGAAAAAUUUGAAUUCAAAUAUUUUGUUAAAUAAUCAAUUUCAGAUUACGGACUAAAAGUUAAAUUUAUUAAAGCCAAUUAAUUUAUUUGGAUAAUUGGUGAAAAUCAAAGAGAUAGAUUCUUUUUAUUUGAAUUAAAACAAGGAGUCUAUUAAGAAAAUUAGUAAAAGACUUUCCAAUUAAAUAAAAAUAAUCAAAACUUUGAUGAAUAUGGAUUUUCAAUAAAUGAUAUUAGGGAGAGGAAUUUAAUAGUAGUUAGACAUAAAACAUAUAUUUCAUUCAAGAGAUAAAUAAUGGCAAUUAUAAAUUGAUGAGUAAUUAAAUUGUGACACAUUCAGUAUUAAUGGAAUAUCAUUUAUAUUGGACAAUAUUUGGUGUAUUUUGAUUAUAAUAGUAAAGCUUAUUCAAUAUAUGUAUUAUUAAAUAUAUGAAUUAUUUUAAAUUGUUAAUGUAUGA